GGGGGGAGUCCGGUGGGGGGGAGUCGGGUGUGGGGGAGCAGGGAAAAGCUGGAGACGGACUGUCAGGAAUGUCACAAACAGGUGGUGAAGCUGUGAGGAAGCAGAGCCAGGAUUUGCUCACUCCCCAGGAAGAGGUCGCAUCUGUGAUUGUGGGAAAAACAAACUGACUGGGACCAAAGUCCAUUGGGACAAAGUGUGGAAACACAUGAGGUGAAUGCCCGCGGCACAGAGAGCAGGAGCCAACUCAGCAGAGUGAGAGGGAGAAGGUGAAUGAAUUCCUAUUAUAACUGAGCUUUAAUAUGUAGGUGGUGACAGGACGGCAGUCCGUCAGAAGUGAUAACUGGAAUAUGAAGACAAAAUAUGACUUUUUGAGGAAAUCCUGAUGAUCCCUGCGUCCCAACAGGAACAUCUUCACAGAAUGACAGCAUGUCUUUCAGGUAAAAGUUCGUGGAGUUGGAGGCGAGGACGUUGUGCCUCAGCAGCGAGGAGUCUCUCAUUAAAUCAUGCUCUGAGGCCCCUGGUUCCCGUCCUCUGCCUGGUGGUCCUGGUGAUAUAUGGCCUGGCUGACAAACUCCGAACCUUUGUGGCCGGCAUCUUCAUCCCUCAGUACCAUUACCCCUACGCCGUGGCUCUGUGCUUUGGUCAGGUUCUGAUCUCCUUGUCAGUCUUAAAUCUCCUCCACGUCCUGGGUCUGGUGCCUCUGAAGCGUUACUCCAGGUCUCUGGGUGAGAGGGUGUUGGUGCCGGCCAUCUGUAGCAGCAUCCACGCCGUGCUGGCUACGUGGGCCCAAGCCAGCAGCGCGUAUUCCGGCCUCUUCCCCACCACUCUGCCGCUGCUGCCCCUGCUAACUGUCGGCUUUAGUUUUGCCCUGAAGCUGACAUCUCUGCCCUCUCUCCACAUCUCUGUUCUGAUCUCCAUCCUGACUGGGACCUCUCUCGUCGCCACAGGUCUCUCGGUUGUUGAUCCUCUGGAAUACUUGUAUGCACCUCUGGCUUUAAUCCUCCACAGUCUCUCUCUGACCUGGCUGGCCAAAGUGUCCGAAGCCGAGCAUCUCCACUCCCCCGAUGCCCAAUCGUCCAUUUUUGACAUCUACUACGCCCAGCUGGUGAACCAGAGCUGGGUGCUGGGCCUCCUGUGGCUGCUGCACCCGGACAGGCCCUGGCAGGUUCUGAGUCGGGGCAGCUGGCACAGUUUGCUCUUUCAUGGAUACCUGCUCGCCAUCCUCCUGCUGGGGAUGGUGCUGAACUUCCUCGUCAGUAUCUCGGCUCUGUGUGUCUCGCCGCUUUCUGCUGCACUGCUCCACUCAGCACGGCAGGUAGUGCAGCCGUUCCUUCUUCUGUAGUUUCACUUUAUAGGACUUUUACCAGUGAAUCACAGGUUUUUUAUUAUAUGGAUUAGAACAAGUUGCCUAUUUCAACUUUAUACGUUUAUACCUCCAUGUAAUGGCCCUGGGGACAUUCCACUAAACCCAGAAGGACAAUUCAGAUAACAAAAGGGGAGGGGCCACUUCUGUCGUUUGUUAUUGGACAGAACCCAAGAAUGAAUGACAGUUCAAUGUCACUACUGUUGCAGUGUUUGGACCCUCAGGGCCACCAUGACCUGUGCUACUCAGGCAUGUGCAUAUUUUCAGCUAAGAUAAAAUGCAGAAUGAGUCAUUGUAAAUAGCACAAGAAAACACAUAAGCUAUUGAUUUAUCCUUUGGUCUAAAAGUGUUGAGACCAGUUAGACUUCAUCUUAAUUCAUGAAAGAUAAUGUCUGUACAGGACAGGACACCGUGUACAGAGUCCUCCCAAGACUAAACCACAUGAAUGAUUGACAGACUGUGAACGUAAUGUGACAAUGGAAGCAUAUAGAUGUGGAUCAGAAAGCAUAACGUCAUUUAGAGAAGGUGACAUCGAAAUAACACGAAUAAACCCACCUGCUUUCUAAUGUAUAUUUAUGAAAAACAGACAAUAAUUGUGGAUAAUCCAUAAAUAAUGAAAAAGGAGUUCUUUAUCACAGACAUCUGGAUGCUGUUGUCAGAAAGCUGAACGCUAACUGAGAGAUUGAAGUCCCUUUGUUUCACCAAAUUAAUUUUCAACCGCAGUUUUGUGGAAGUUGUCCUUGGACGACAAGGUGAGAAGAGAAAACAGUGAGUUCCAGUUUAUUUGAACUAAUAUUUGUUCAACUGGACAGUUUUAUUUCAGCUGUAAUCGUUGACUGGAUAAAUAUUUAACCAGAGGAAGUUGACCUUAAGUGAAUGUGACAGCUGUGAUCUGUCAGAUAAGUGGCCACGAUGAGGAGGGAGUCAAAUGUUGCCCAUUGCAAUUUCUGUCUGUAAGUUAUUAUCAGAAACUACAUUUAACAAUAAGCUAUUAAUGUUCAGCUUUUUCCAACUGUGCAGUGUUUAUGUAUUAUAUUUAAAAAAAGAAGUGAAUAUUUUAUAAUUUUAAAUGUUGAGUGGUGGUGAAACAAAGAGAACCUGUUUACAUUUAACAACUGAAAUAAUAUGAAAUAAAUUUACUUGCAAAAAUAUUUAUUCCGUUUCUAACUUAUGAAUGUAAGUGCAGUUAAAAAACAUCAGUACAUGUAUUUCAACAUUAGCAGCAUGAAUAUCCACUGUAAACAUUUUUACAUUUUAAUUUCACCUUUAGUUUACCGUCCAAAAAACAUACAAUUACUGAGCUUGUGGAUCACAAGACUUUCAGAGUAUCAUGAAAAAAAAGAACAAUAACUCAUUCUACAGAUUCAUGGCAACACAUCUGUUUGUUCAGUGCAACCAAAACUGUAGACAAAUGCAUUUCUUUACACACUGCCACAAAUAUGACCCCACCACAGAAAACGGAUGGGGCCAUCAAUCUGAAAUGUGCAUUAAUGAAAGGUUUUAAUGUAUGACAUGUAUUUUUCUUCCUAUUAAAUUCUUGCCUUUUU